AUGCCCAAGCGCCCCACACCCAUCGCUGGCACCUCCGCUUUGGGAAGGGGUGCUCGCUUCAGCUGCCAGGCGACGGUCACCAUGAAGUGGGGUUGGGUGUUUCUGGGGGUUUUCCUCUCUUUGGCGACCCUGUCAUGGGGGGACAAGGGCUUGGAGAUCCCAGAGUAUGAUGGCAGAGACCGCGUUCACGCCCUGACAACCAAGAACUACAAAUCCAUCAUGAAGAAGUACGACGUGAUGGUUAUCUACUACCACAAAAAUGUGGACGGGAACCGCAGUGCCAUGAAGCAGUUUCAGAUAGAGGAACUGGCUUUGGAGUUGAUCACAAGCCUAGCCGCAAAUGUCUUUCAGCUCGCAGCCCAAGUUCUGGAUGAACUGGAAGAUGAAGACAUUGGAUUCGGCCUGGUGGAUGAAAAGAAAGCCUCAGCUGUUGCCAAGAAGCUGGGUCUGGAUGAAGUGGAGAGCAUCUACAUCUUUGUGGAUAAUGAGAUAAUUGAGUACGAUGGGGAGCUAGCAGCUGACACCAUCGUUGAGUUCCUCUAUGAUGUCAUCGAGGACCCUGUGGAGAUCAUCGACAAUGAGCGUGAGCUGAAGGGCUUCUACAACAUAGAUGACGUGAUCAAGCUGGUCGGCUACUUUAAGAGCGAGAGAUCCCCUCAUUUCAUUGAAUACGAAGAUGCCGCUGAAGAGUUCCACCCCUUUGUCAAAUUCUACGCCACGUUUGACGCAAAGAUUGCAAAGAAGCUGAAACUGAAACUGAACGAAGUCGAUUUCUACGAGCCAUUCAUGAACGAACCAGUCAGCAUACCAGGAAAGCCCUACAUUGAGUCGGAGCUUGUUGAUUACAUUGAGGAGCACGACAGACCCACUCUGAGGAAACUCGAGCCUCACAGCAUGUAUGAGAUCUGGGAGGAUGACAUCGACGGAGAGCACAUUGUCGCCUUCGCUGAGGAGGAUGACCCAGACGGUUUUGAAUUCCUGGAAAUUCUGAAGGAAGUGGCUCGCGAGAACACAGACGACCCCAACCUGAGCAUCAUCUGGAUUGAUCCUGACAAUUUCCCUCUGCUGGUGCCAUACUGGGAGAAGACCUUCGGUAUCGACCUCUCCUCUCCUCAGAUUGGCGUCGUAGAUGUCGAGGACGCUGACAGUGUGUGGAUGGACAUGGACGACCAGGACGACAUGCCCAGCGCCGACGAGCUGGAGCAGUGGAUCGAGGAUGUCCUGUCUGGAAAGAUUGAUCCUGACAAUGACGACGACGAUGAUGAUGACGAUGAUGAUGACGACGAUGAUGAUGACGAUGAUGACGACGAUGAUGAUGACGACGACGAUGAUGAUGACGACGAUGAUGAUGACGAUGAUGAUGACGAUGAUGAUGAUGACGACGAUGACGAUGAUGAAUAAUUGUUGCUAUGGUGUUCCACUAUGUACCUAAUGGCAAAAACUCAAAGUAUACAUUUAUUUGAAAGCUCUUUCAACAGACAGAACUGUCUCAUUU